AUGCUGUGGCCAUCGCUGCUGCCCCUGCUGUGUGUAGGGUCCGUGGCUCAGGAGCAAAGAUUCCAGCUGGUGGUGCCCAAGUCAGUGACAGUCGAAGAGGGCUUGUGUGUCCAUGUGCCCUGCAAUGUCUCCUACCCAUCCUAUGGGCCCAAUUUUGGACAUGUCUUUGGCUUCUGGUUCCAGGAAGGGGCCAGAUUACAGGAAGUCCCUCCAGUCGCCACAAAUGACCCCGAACAACUAGUGCAGAAGGCAACACAAGGCCGAUUCCAUCUCCUUGGGGACCCACAGAAACAUGACUGUUCCCUGGUCAUCAGAGAUGCACAGAAAAAGGACACAGGAGUGUACUUCUUCAGAGUAGUUAGAGAGCCUUUCUUGAAAUAUAGCUACAGAGAAAGGAUGUCACUGCAUGUGAUCCCUCUGACACAGACUCCUGAAAUCCUUAUCCAGGGGACCCUGGAGGCUGGCCAUCCUAGCAAGCUGACCUGCUCUGUGCCCUGGGUCUGUGAGCAGGGGACACCCCCCACCUUCUCCUGGGUGUCAGCUGCCCAUAUCUCCUCGAGUCCCAGAAGCACAAAUUCGUCAGUGCUGACCCUCACACCUCAGCCCCAGGACCAUGGUGCCAACCUCACCUGCCUGGUGACCCUCUCUGGAGCAGGUGUCACUGUGGAAAGGACCAUCCAGCUCAAUGUUACCUGGAAAUCAGGUCAGAUGGCAGAGGUGGUGCUGGUGGUUUUGGGGGAGGUGGCUGUCAAGCUCCUGCUUCUUGGGCUCUGUCUCAUAUUUUCUUCACUUGGUGUGAUAUUCUCCAGGAAGAAGACAGCAAGGCUGUCAGUGAGCACGAGCUGUGACGAUCCCAUCAAGGUUAGAUAUGCCCCGCGUUUUUAUAAUCACUGCCCAUCACCAACAACAUAUGUUCCUGUGUCUCCAGGUUGUUCUAUGCCCCUGCUCAUCAGUAAGACUGCAAGGUGCACAGCCACCCUGAGAAGCCAAGACCCCAACAGAAGGACUGACCUUAAGAACAGAGCAGUGUUGCUGGGGCUUUUUGGGGGUCCUGGUUGGGUUUAGGAAUAAAGACAGAAGAUGCCUGCAGAGUAAAAGGCUGUUAGCCUUUUUGCUGGGAGCAGUCCUUCAGGAAGCCAUCUGGACUUGACCUGACUUCCCCGCACGCACCGUGCAGCUCGCUCCACUCUGAGUUCUUGGCCAGCUUCCUUCUCCCUUGCACCAGCAUCACCUCUUUAUUCAUCCAAAGCCUCU